UCCAACUUCGAAUAUUCAAUUUCUUCUUAAUCAUCCUCUCUCUCCCUCCCCCCUCAAUCCCUCCUUUCUCUGUGUGUUUCUCACUCUGGACCGGAACUGCUCGCCGGAGGAAGAGAUUGCCGUGACGAUAUGUACGGAGAGGCUACCUAUGAGUCGGAUUCAGCCUGGUUGGAGUCAAUUCGACUCCACUUGCUCGGUGACCUCGAGACUGCUUUUCCUGCUGAUUCGGAUACUUCUUCGGGUUCCGAUCCGGUUUAUACUCGGAGCUCCAGUUUCAGCAGCUUGUACCCGUGCUUGACGGACAACUGGGGCGAAUUGCCGCUCAAGGAAGACGAUUCUGAAGACAUGGUGCUCUACGGCGUCCUCCGCGAUGCAGUUCACGUCGGGUGGGUUCCCUCCCUCGAUGUCGGGUCGCCCGAAAGCAUUUCUUCUGGUUUCACCCCGUCUGUUACAGUGAAAUCGGAACCCGAUGUCUUGCCGGUGCUGGAUUCCCCCGCGGGCCCUCCAGUGGUAAAGCAAGAGGAGGUGGCCGAAGCAGUCGCACCGGCCGCAGUUCCGUCGAAGGGAAAGCAUUACAGAGGAGUAAGACAACGGCCGUGGGGGAAAUUCGCGGCGGAGAUCCGUGAUCCGGCGAAGAACGGUGCUAGGGUUUGGCUCGGAACAUUCGAGACGGCCGAAGACGCGGCUCUCGCCUACGAUCGAGCCGCGUACAGGAUGCGAGGCUCCCGGGCUCUGCUGAAUUUCCCACUGAGAGUGAACUCGGGUGAACCUGACCCAGUGAGAGUGACGUCGAAGAGGUCAUCGCCGGACAGAUCGUGGUCGACAUCGUCGUCGUCGUCGGAGAGCGGCGCAUCGCCGAAGAGAAGGAAGAAGUUGGUGGUGGUGGGGACAGGCCCAAAGGCUACCGGGCAAGUGGGAAGCCAAGUGGGUCUUGGAACGACGUCGUGCGUACGUGGAGGAGCGUUACUAGUUACUAAUGCGUAAUGCUGACGAGGGAAAGCAAGUUGCCGCUGAAAUCCCCUUUUUGUUGCUUGUAAUUAUGUGAGGGAGAGAUACGUGUGCCACUCGCUCUCUGGCACAUCGGAAUUUUGGAACCGAAAACAAAAAAGAAAAAUGAAGCCCAAAAAUGGAAAAAAUAAAAAUAGGAAUGGAGUUGAAAAUUGGAAAGGGGGAAAAAAAAAGAACCAAAUAAGUGAGUGAGAUGGAGAGGGGUUUUUGGUUUGGCUUACUCUGUGAAUAUAAAAUUUAUUUGUUUGUUUAAUAUUAUAAUUACCUAAGUGGAGUACUUCAAAUUGAA